CGUUUCUCCUUUUACCUUAGUGCUACGAUUAUUAUCAAGAAGCUGCAAUCUGCCAAAUUGUUACCGAUUGAAUUGCAUUGAAACUCGCCAUGCAGCAUAACAAGAAAAAAUCGGUAUCGGUGAAAGACAAGCUCGAAGGCAACGAAAUCGAUUUGAGUCUCUUGGAACUGACUGAAGCUCCAGUUAAAGAAUUGGCUGCUGUUACAAGGGGUACUGUGCUGGACUUAUCCAACAACAAGCUUGUUACCCUGAGCAUAGCAUUCCCUACCCUCACCCAUUUGAUCAAACUUGAUUUGAGCAAGAAUCAAUUGAAAGAACUACCAGUAAAUUUUGGCGAUUUGAAACAUUUGAGGCACUUGGAUCUGUACAGCAAUGAGUUGCAAAGACUUCCUGUCAGCUUUCACCAGUUGAAAGAGCUGAAGUGGCUUGAUUUGAAGAACAACCCACUCGUCUCAACUUUGGCUGAAGCAGCUGGAGAUUGUCUUGACCAGAAAGGCUGCCAAGAAGCAAGUUAAUCGACGAUUAACAACGUACAGUAAACUAUAUACGUAGGCUAUAGUAAUAAAAUGAUUGCCGCAUUAUAAUAAACUACCUUA